AACUGCAGAGGCCAUAAGCAGCACGUGUCAUUUCUCUCUCUCUCUCUCUCUCUCUCUCUCUCUCCCUCCCUCUGUGCGAGAGCGUCCGAGUCGGAGAAGCUGAAAUGGGAAGCUCAUCGAAGGACGAGCCAGGCAGCGACGGCGACAAUUCGAGCGGCGGCGACCCUCCGAACUCGACCUCCACUCUCUUCUCCGAGGGAGAGAAGGUCCUCGCCUUUCACGGCCCCCGGAUCUACGAGGCCAAGGUUCAAAAGGCUGAGGUUCGGAAGAAUGAAUGGAGAUACUUUGUUCACUACCUUGGAUGGAACAAAAAUUGGGAUGAAUGGGUAGGCCCAGAUCGUCUAAUGAAAUAUACUGAGGAAAAUAUCAUGAAGCAGCAAGUUCUUGACAAGAAGCAAGGCGUAGACAAGAACCCAAAGUCAGGUCGUAUGAUUCAGAACAAGCCAAAAAGUGUUACUGAUGCAAAAGUCGAUAAGGAGGAUCUUAAGAGCACUGUGACGAAAGGCAAGAAGCGAAAGAGUGAAGCUGGCAUUGAGAAAGACAAUGAAUCAGCAGAGAAGCUUGUCAAAAUUCAAAUUCCAUCAGCAUUAAGGAAGCAACUUGUUGAUGACUGGGAAUUUGUUACUCAGGGGGAUAAGCUUGUUAAACUUCCCCGUUCUCCAAGUGUCGAUGAUAUUUUCACAAAUUACCUGGAAUACAGGUCCAAGAAGGAUGGCAUGAUGACUGACUUAGUAGGAGAAAUCUUGAAAGGAUUGCGUUGUUACUUUGACAUAGCAUUGCCUGUGAUGCUCUUGUACAAAAAGGAGCGCCAGCAGUAUCGCGAAGCAGUUGUAGGUGACAUCUCUCCAUCAACUAUUUACGGUGCUGAACAUCUCCUGAGGCUUUUUGUAAAGCUGCCCGAGUUAUUGGCUCAUGUGAACAUUGAAGAGGAAACCUUGACGCGGUUGCAGCAGAAGCUGUUCGACUUUCUAAAGUACCGAUUCAUACCUCUGUCUCUAUUCAAUGGUUCCUCCAGAAGAACCAAAGCACGUUCUUCCUUUCUGCAUAUGAAGGGUCCAAAGCUUCGGAAGGAAAAGGAAAGAGGCGAGAUGAGUGAGCCUUGACGGAGAGAGUCCACUGCUCCGUUUCCGACAAUUUGCAAAUUCAUUAGGGGGACGAUGUCGGUUUAACAGUUCUGAUAUUCCAGAAUUCUCUGCCCAUUAAAAGCCGGAAGAAUUCCGUUGCCUUCUUGUUGUAACAUUAGCAUUGACUAGUUCAUUCUUUCUUCAUGAUCUGUUUGCCCUUGUGGUGAAGUAGGGGAUAGUUGGUGAAUUACCGGU